AUGUACACAUCUACCUAUUCAUCAUCGCCUGUUCGAGCAUCAACAUUGGAGACAACGCCAAUAAAUUAUCAAACUCAGACUUAUCAUCGUGAACAAUAUCAUUCUUCAAAUAAUAUCAGUAAUAACGGCGUUAAUAUAAUGAAUGAUGAUAAUAUAAAUUUAAGACGUGGUGUUAAUGGUUUUGGUAAUUCAAGUUCAUCUUUAACAUCACUUCCUGCAAAUACACCAACAUCAGCAAGAAAAUAUACUCAUAGUUAUGCUAAUCAACCAACUGAUCCAAAUCGAUAUCAAACAACAUCUUAUCGUGGAUAUGGAAUUGAAAAUGAAUCAAUUCGUCCAAAUACUACACGUUAUGAUUUAAGUGGAAAUGUUCGAGCAUAUUCCUAUGAUAAUUUAUAUAAUGAACAAAAUCGAUCUCAACCAUCAGUAAAUAAUUCACGUAGUAAUGUUCGUUAUGCUCAACAACAACAAAUAAGACGUGAACCACCAUUAAGUGAUCAUUAUGAUGAUGAAGAAGAUGAUUUGAUAGUAAAAUCAACAGAUUUACCUGCAGCACAAGAACAAGAAAUGAUUAUAUUAGUUCGAACAGCAUUUCGAAAAUAUCAAAUAACUAAUCAACGUGAAUUAGCUGGUUUUCUUAAACGUGCUGCAGAUAAAACAUUUACACCAUGUUGGCAUUGUAUUGUUGGAAGACAAUUUAGUUCCUAUGUUACACAUGAAAUGAAUGGUUUUAUCUAUUUUACAAAAGGUCCUCUAUCAAUUUUAUUAUUUAAAAGUGGUGCUUAA